GAAUUAAACUAAAUGAAUAAUAAAUGUCCUAAAUAUCGGGUGUUCACCAUUGGUGACUGAAUAUCAGUGAUUUGAAAGUAGUGAUCCAAGAAUGCACAUGUUCGACUAUCCAGAGGAUGACUGUCCGUGGUAUUAUUUUGACAGUUCCUAUAAAACGUUGCUCGGCUCUUGUCUGAUUUUAUUUGGUGUAUUCGGGGUGCUGUUAAACGGUUGGCUUUUUGCCACAUUCGUCCAUAGCCACUUGCUCAUAUUUAAGAGUCAUAUAUUGGUACUUAAUCUAUGUUCCGUAUCACUUGGCAGAAACCUUCUAGGAUUUCCAUUUUCGGGUACAUCAGCAUUAGCAAAAAGAUGGUUAUUUGGUUCAGCAUGUUGCAAACUAUUUGCGUUUCUGAACCAAUUCCUUGGCAUAUAUCAAAUGUACGCGUUAUUCGCUAUUGUAUUAGAAAGAUACUUACAAGCAAAACUCUACAGAAAAGAGAAAUCUUUAUACAUCCAACUGUAUUGGACAUUGUUUGGUGUGUGUUGGUUCACUUCAUUUGUGUUCGCCACGCCGCCUUUGUUCGGUUAUGGGAUCUAUUCCUGCGAUGCCACGGGUACCUCGUGCACUUUUCUGUGGCCCUCGCUUUCAUCAGGAAUAAAACAUAUCGGAUUCAGCAUACCAUACGUCAUUGUGUGUGGAGUAAUCCCGGUGACAGCCAUAUUUUAUUACAUGGGAAAAGCUGUACGUUUAGAGAAAAUAUAUUAUAGAAGUGAACACCAGAAAGAACAGAAGCGUCUUACGAAGAGUGCUCAUGCACUAUGUAUAGCAACAUUGGCGUUAUGGGUUCCAAGUGCAGUGCUAGCAAUCUGGCAAUGGAUACCUCUGGUGGCAUACGGAUACAGGCCUCAUGUGCCUCCUGCUUUGGCACUCAUCGCACCGAUAGCUGCAGAGGCAGCGACCAGUAUACCUGUACUGUGCUAUCUGAUCUGUGACGAGAGGAUUCGUGCUGCGCUGCUCGGGCGGAUGCGCAAAAAUUAUGCGUUGCUGCACCCAGAACGAGCGAAACUCUUCAAUAGUGCCUAAAGAUAGAGACAAGUCUCAUGAAGACUAGACUGACUAGACUGUGACCCCAAGCUGGAAGUAUUCCGGCUGACAAGACUGAAAUUAAAGUUACCCGGCCGCUGGAGGGUAGUAAGA